GCCACAGAGCUAUAACGUCAUAAUUUUGUUCAAAGUAUAUAUAGUCGAGUAAUAACUUGAAUUGAUAUUUAUAAGAUAUUUAGUAAUUAGAAUUUAAUAGUUAGAAAUUAAAUUAUAUAAAAUAAAAUAAAAUAUAAUAUAAUAUUAUAAUGUCUGUUUCAAAGAAUGAGUCUCUUGACUUAAAUGGGUUCAUUGAUAAUUUACGUUCUACUUUAAGUCGUAUUGAACAACUUAGUGAAGAUCUUGAAAAAUCCAAAAAUGAUACUUUAAUUGUUGAAGAUAGUGAACUUGAAGCUGAAACUCCAAUUUCUAGUAGAAGAAGUAGUGAAGUUAUUGCUAAUAAAUAUACUAAUUCCUUUUAUGAAAAAUAUGCUGAUGAAUAUGUUUCAUUUACAAUUAAUAAUCCAACAAUUUAUCAUGUUGUUAAUUAUUUUGUUGAAAAAUUAACUUCUAAAGGUUAUAAAUUUAUUAAUGAAAAAGAUUCAUGGGAAGGUUUAACUGCUGGAAAAUAUGUAACUAUUAGAAAUGGUUCUUCAUUAUUAGCAUUUGUUGUUGGUAAAAAUUGGGAUGCAUCAAAGGGGGUUGGAGUUAUUGGAUCUCAUAUUGAUUCACUUACUGUAAUUUUAAAACCAAAUUCAACUAAAAAUAAAGUUGAAGGUUAUGAAUUAUUAGGGGUUGCACCUUAUGCUGGAACUUUAGAAAAUGUUUGGUGGGAUAGAGAUUUAGGUGUUGGAGGUAGAUUAUUAGUUAAAGAUGAAUCUGGAAAAAUUGUACCAAAAUUAGUUGAUUCAUCACCAAAUCCAAUUGCUCAUAUUCCAACUUUAGCUCCACAUUUUGGAACUCCAGCUCAAGGACCAUUUAAUAAAGAAACUCAAGCAGUUCCAGUUAUUGGAUUUUCAACUGAAGAACCAGCUCCAGCCACAGAAGAAGAAAAAUCAUCACCAUUAUAUGGUAAACAUUCUAUUAAUUUAAUUAGAUAUAUUUCUAAAAUUUCAGGAGUUAAAGCUUCAGAUAUUGUUCAAUGGGAUUUACAAUUAUAUGAUGUUCAUCCUGCUACUAAAGGUGGAUUAAAUAAUGAAUUUAUUUUUGCUCCAAGAGUUGAUGAUAGAGUUUGUUCAUUUGCUGCUAUUUAUGCACUUUUAGAGGCUGAUACUGAUUCAUUAUUAGAAUCUGAUUCUUUCUCAAUUGUUGGAUUAUUUGAUAAUGAAGAAAUUGGAUCAGCUACAAGACAAGGUAUUAAAGGAGGAUUUAUUGAACUGGCAGUUAGUAGAGUUUUAGCAUCUAAAUAUUAUAAUCCAAAAUCAUUAGAUGUUCAAGAACAAAUUAGAUUAACUUAUUCUAAUACCAUUAUUUUAUCAGCAGAUGUUAAUCAUUUACUUAAUCCAAAUUUUGAACUGGUUUAUUUAGAGCAUCAUAAACCAUUACCAAAUAAGGGGGUUGCAAUUGCAUUAGAUCCAAAUGGUCAUAUGGCAACUGAUUCUACUGGUCUUGCAUUAGUUGAAGAAUUAGCUAAGAUUAAUAAAGAUGAAUUACAAUAUUUCCAAAUUAGAAAUGAUUCUAGAUCAGGAGGAACUAUUGGACCAUCUAUUUCUUUACAAACUGGAGCAAGAACAAUUGAUUUAGGUAUUCCUCAAUUAUCUAUGCACUCAAUUAGAGCUACAGUUGGUAGUAAAGAUAUUGGAUUAGGUAUUAAAUUUUUUACUGGAUUUUUUGCCAAUUGGAGAAAGUCUUAUGAUAAUUAUAAAGAUUUAUAA